AUGGUUGCUGCGACGUCAAAGCAUAAUGCUAUAACGGGCAUUACAGCUCGGUGGGCUGACAUGGUGCUUGAGGAUGAGGACAAGGUUUUCGAGCCGGUGGAUUUGGACGCAACGGUUGAUGGCGAUGGCGUGCUCGAAUCUUGGCCAGUUGUAGGCCGCUUCUUGACUGAUAGGUUGGUGAAGCUGGAGUACAUGUGUCAGGUGCUAGCGUCAAUUUGGAAGCCGGUGAAGGGUGUUCAGAUCACAGAGCUACAGCCUAACCUAUUCAUGUUUGUUUUCUUCCAUGUGACAGACAUGCAGUACGUGCUAGAUGAGGGACCUUGGUCUUUCGACAAUUGUACCCUAGUUUGCAGACAGGUCAAGGACGGUGUUCUCCCCGGUGACGUUCCCCUUGAUUCGGUGGACAUGUGGAUGCAGUUGCAUGAUGUCCCUAUUGGCUAUACUUCGUCUGUGAUACUUGAGCAGAUUGGGAACUACCUUGGAGCUUUUGUUAAAUGUGACGAACGUUUUGCGGGUGCCACUUGGCUCGACUUCUACCGCAUCCGUGUGGCUUUGCUUGUGAACAAACCAAUCAAGAGGAGGAUGAAGCUGCUCAAACGUGAUAGGUCAUGGUGCUGGAUUAACUUCAAGUCCAUGUAG